AUGACGCCUGAAGAAGCCGACGAAUACCAAUUGAGACGCGGAGGUUUCAAGAAGGAGCAGCCGAAGGAGGAGGAUGAGGCGCCGCAGGAGUUUGUGUAUCAGCCCGUUGAGGGUGCAAACACGAUCUACACGGUCUUGAAGGAAGGCACGGGCUACGGCUACGUCGAGCCGGGAGACGAGGUGACCGUCCAUGCGACCGGCCUAGUACGGGACACCAAGACCAAGUUCUGGAGUACCAAGGACCCAGGGCAGGAGCCUUUCACCUACACAGCCGGCGGAGGCGUCAUCAAAGGAUGGGACUACGGAGCACGAGGCAUGCGGCGGGGCGAGAUCAGGGGCCUUCGCAUCCCAGCAGGUGAAGGCUAUGGCCCCCGGGGCUUUCCAUCCUGGGGAAUCCCUCCCGACGCUGAUUUGCUCUUUGAGAUCGAGGUCCUUGACAUCAAGCGGAACGGGCUGCCCGUCUGA